CCUUUGAUUGGCCAGGAAUAUCGGCACGGCGCAAAAGUUAAUGCACGUCACAACCUUUUGGUCGCACCGCAACCCUGAGGCGUCUGUUGCCUUCCCUUACUGUCCUGCAAUAACCGUGCCUCGCUAUGCGUUCGAUACAGUGUGCUGUUGUCUUAUUGAUAGCACACCUGUGUGCGUCAAGUCUGGCGUCAUCUUCCAUUUAUGAUGAUAUGCUCGCUUUUCCUCGUUAUCGUGUCAUAUUAACCGAUAAGAAGAUUUCUCAAUCCGGACUCCAUGAACGCCGUCCGCAACCCCAUGUACCGUAACAAUCUUGAAAGUUGGCAGCUGAAAGUUUCCAACUUAACCCUUUUUUCUGUCAUUGGCAUAGGAGGAAAGCUUAACAGCGUCAGCUCGUGGUGACGACUCUUCUUUUAUGUCUAAAGGAAACAAACAAGUCAUGAUGACGAGCUCUUUCGGGCAGCCAUUUUUAUGCAAUAUCCCCAAUGUCGACAAAGACCGCGAGAAACAUGAAAGACUGAUGUAUGAGCGAGAAACCGCAGAAGAAGAUACCCAGCAGAUCAUUAGACGAGGAUUGGAGUUAUUAGAACCCUUGUCCAACGAGUGUCUGUAUUUUCAUACGCAUGAAUAUUGGACAUAUGAAUACUGUCAUAAAAAAUAUGUACGCCAAUUCCAUAUCGAGAAGGAACAGCAAAACGAUGCCACCGCUCGAACGAAAACUCAAUCGUACUAUCUUGGAUACUAUAACAACUAUGCCAAGCCAAGCAUGCACAAAGAUGCUUCCCAAAACAAACCGGCCCAACAAUCCGAUGUUGCCUCACCAGACACCAUCGACGUUUCCAACACCGAACUUCGCCGCGUAGCUGACAAAAAGUAUCUUGUCCAACGAUGGACCGGUGGGACCCAAUGUGACUUGACCGGGAAACCGAGAACCGUGGAGAUACAGUAUCAAUGCGAUAUGCAAUCCCACGACCGAGUAUCAUUGUUUCAAGAAAUCACGACUUGUCAUUAUCAAAUGAUAAUCUCAACCCCACGAUUGUGUAUCGAAAGUAUGCUGGUACCGCACCUGCAUGCUCAAACCUACAAUAUCCAUUGCAACCCUAUCGUACCCGAUCACCUUAUUUCUGACAGUGAGACCGAGGAAUUCAGAGAAUCCGAAAAGCCCAGUCAUAUCAUACAUCAAAACGUCGAUGCCGAUGCUGCCAUGGAAGACGGACCAAGCAUAUCGACAAAUGCAGAGGAGGAAGGCGCUAUGGAUGCGGAGACAACCGCCAUCACCACCGCCGCCGCCACAGCUACGGAUACCUCCUUGUCGGGUACAGACGUGGACCUUCGUACCAAGGACAAUGAACCCCAUUCCACCGAUAGUGCUGAAACGGCACAAACUACGAAUGAUUUGCUGGCAAUGAUUUCGGAUCUUACUGGGCAAAUGCGGGAGCUUCAACGACAAAUUGAAGCAUCACAGAGAGGUGGAGCCGUUGUACUGGAACCGGAAGGCGAAUUCAUCUAUAUCAAUCCCAAAGCCGAGGAUCUCAUGCAGACCCUAGAAGAAUUUUGGAAAUCGCAAGACAAACAGUCAAAAAGAGAUGAAGAAGAAGACGAUUCAUCCAGUGUCACCAUUGAACUGAAAAAAGAUGAGGCCCACCCUGCUUCGGAUGCGCAACAACGCAACAAGAAAGCCUAUGAUCAGCUGUACUUAGCACUCCAAUAAUACGUAGAAUAGACCUUUUUUUUUUUGCCCUAGGUAUGCUAUAAGUAAAACACAUGUUGCACCUUACGAAUUCGGUGUAAAGUGGAGAGAAAAA